UAAGGCUCAAGUCCAACUUAACUUUCAAGAACCAGAACACUCAAUCCACUCCUCAUUCACUCUACCAUUCAAAUCAACUAUCCAAACGCCAACGCAUUCAUUCAUUCGCAACACCACUCAACAAUACAAUCACUGCCAAUUUUCUCAUAGUCACCCAAACUCAAAAUGUCUACCGUUGACUCCGUUCCCCGCCCUCUCGGCUACACCAGCGACUCCGAGACUGAUGGACAAGCUUCCGGCGGCCGCAAGAUCUCCCAGAACGGUCCCAAGGCCCCUACUUCCUCGGGCCUCAACCGCCCCGCCGGCUCCAUCGUCAAGGGCCCCGUCGACGACAACGGAAAGCUCAAGGACCCCGCUCUUCUUCUCGGAAUCAAGCUCGACUUGGAGGCAGAGAUUCACUUGACGGCAAGGAUUCGUGGAGACAUCACCAUCGGGUUGUAUUAG